ACCAAGUCAGAGCGAGAGUCGGCUGGGCGGCUGGAAACGGCGGCCGCCGCCGGUGACUCAGGGAGGCGGGAGGCGGGGGAGGCGCCCUUCCUGCAGGCGUGGAAACCAUGGUGCUCACGCUCGGAGAAAGUUGGCCGGUCUUGGUGGGCAAGCGGUUCCUCAGCCUGUCCGCGGCCGAGGGCGGCGAGGGCGGCCCCGACAGCUGGGACGUGGAGCGCGUCGCCGAGUGGCCCUGGCUGUCCGGGACCAUUCGCGCUGUCUCGCACACCGACGUGACCAAGAAGGACCUGAAGGUGUGUGUAGAGUUUGAUGGAGAAACUUGGAGGAAGAGAAGAUGGAUUGAAGUCUACAGUCUUCUAAGGAGAGCAUUUUUAGUAGAACAUAACUUGGUUUUGGCUGAAAGAAAGUCGCCUGAGAUUUCUGAACGAAUUAUUCAGUGGCCUGCAAUAGUGUACAGAUCUCUAUUGGACAAAGCUGGUUUGGGAUCCAUAACUUCUGUUCGCUUUCUAGGAGAUCAACAAAGAGUAUUUCUUUCUAAAGACCUUUUGAAGCCUAUCCAGGCAGAGUUACAGAGAGAAGCAGAGAUAGAGGUCUUACAUCCGCUGGUUCACUCUGCAGAUGGCCACAACGGCUGGAGCUGGGCCGAUCCAAAGCCAGGAGCCAGGAGCUUCUUCCAGAUCUCUCACGACGUAAAUAGUCUUCGACUUUCCCUUACGGAUAAUCAGAAUGUCAGUAAAGAAUUUCAAGCUUUGAUUGUGAAACAUUUAGAUGAGAGCCAUCUUUUACAAGGUGACAAAAACUUGGUUGGUUCAGAAGUAAAAAUUUAUAGCUUGGACCCCUCUACCCAGUGGUUUUCAGCAACCGUAAUAAAUGGAAACCCAGCAUCAAAAACUCUUCAGGUCAGCUGUGAGGAGGUUCCAGCACUGAAGAUUGUGGAUCCAUCACUGAUUCACGUUGAAGUCGUACAUGAUAACUUUGUGGCAUGUGGUAAUCCUACAAGAAUGGGAGCUGUAAAACGCAAGUCUUCAGAGAAUAAUGGAAGCCUGAUUUCCAAACAGGCCAAGCCUUGCUCUGAGGCCUCUCCCAGUAUGUGUCCUGUACAGUCUGUCCCCACCACAGUUUUUAAGGAGAUACUGCUUGGCUGUACUGCAGCAACUCCACCUAGUAAGGACCCACGACAGCAAAGUACUCCCCAGGCUGCCAACUCUCCACCUAAUCUUGGAGCGAAAAUUCCUCAAGGAUGUCAUAAGCAGAGCUUACCAGAAGAGCUUUCUUCCUGUCUGAAUAUGAAGCCUGAAGUACUGAGAACAAAAGCAGAUGUGCUCUGUAAAGCAGCGUUGCUUUCUUCCCAGUCCUCCCAGAUGGGAACGGGAGACCUGAAAAUUCCGAGUGAGCCAAAAGGCAGCUGUAACCAGCCGAACACAAGUGCUGGUCAGGAAAGCACAUUGGAAUGUGUUCCACAGCCACUGACUGACCUCCCGAAGGAGUGCUUGUCCACAAAGGCUUCUUCUAAGGAAGGAUCGGACAUUGCCCAUACUCCUGAACUGCAGAAGCACCUAGAACAUGCACCUUCCACAUCUGAUGUCCUGUCAAAUAAACCAGAAGUAAAAGCUGACGUCAGUAGUGACAGCCCUAACAGGUGUGCAGACAAAAAGGUAGAACCUUCAACUUUAGGUUGUCACUCACAGAAUUUAAAGGAAUCGUCAAUAAAAGUAGAUAACGAAAGCUGUUAUACAAGAAGCAACAAUAAAAUCCAGAAUGCCCCGUCCCGGAAGUCGGUUUUGACAGACCCAGCUAAACUCCGGAAGCUGCAGCAGAGUGGCGAGGCCUUCGUACAGGACGAUUCCUGUGUUAACAUUGUUGCCCAGCUGCCCAAGUGCCGCGAGUGUCGUUUGGACAGUCUCCGCAAGGACAAGGAGCAGGCGAAAGACUCGCCUGUGUUCUGCCGCUUCUUUCACUUCAGGAGGUUACAGUUCAACAAACAUGGUGUGUUGCGAGUAGAAGGCUUCUUAACACCAAAUAAGUAUGACUCUGAGGCGAUUGGCUUGUGGUUGCCUUUGACCAAAAACGUUGUGGGGACUGAUCUGGACACAGCCAAAUACAUCCUGGCCAACAUUGGAGACCACUUCUGUCAAAUGGUGAUUUCUGAAAAGGAAGCUAUGUCAACCAUUGAACCACACAGACAGGUUGCCUGGAAGCGAGCUGUCAAAGGUGUACGAGAAAUGUGUGAUGUGUGUGACACCACCAUCUUCAAUCUGCACUGGGUGUGUCCUCGGUGUGGGUUCGGAGUGUGUUUGGAUUGCUACCGGAUGAAGAAGAAGAAUUGCCAACAGGGUGCUGCUUACAAGACUUUCUCUUGGUUAAGAUGUGUGAAGAGUCAGAUACAUGAGCCAGAAAACUUAAUGCCUACACAGAUCAUUCCUGGAAAAGCCCUCUAUGAUGUUGGAGACAUUGUUCAUUCUGUAAGAGCAAAAUGGGGAAUAAAGGCAAAUUGUCCCUGUUCAAACAGGCAGUUCAAACUCUUUUCAAAGCCAGCCUCAAAGGAAGACAUAAAACAGACUUCCCCAGCGGGAGAAAAACUGGCCGUUGGUGCGGCACUCCAGCAGAGCCCCCCAGUGCCGGAGCCAGCCGCCGCGGGUGGGGAAGCAGCCUGCAAGCCGGUGGGUGGCGUGAAGGCCGCCUGUCCGGCCAGCCCGUCUCCUUUAAACUGGCUGGCAGACCUGACCAGCGGCAACGUCAACAAAGAAAACAAGGAAAAACAACCAACGAUGCCAAUUUUAAAGAAUGAAAUCAAAUGCCUUCCGCCCCUCCCUCCUUUGAGCAAAUCUAGCACGGUCCUGCAUACCUUUAACAGCACAAUUUUGACACCUGUAAGCAACAACAAUUCUGGUUUCCUCCGAAAUCUCUUGAAUUCCUCUGCAGGAAAGACAGAAAACGGUCUCAAGAAUACACCAAAAAUCCUUGAUGACAUCUUUGCCUCUUUGGUGCAAAACAAGACUUCUGCUGAAGUGGCCAAGAGGCCUCAGGGCCUGACGAUCAAGCCCAGCAUUCUGGGCUUCGACACCCCUCACUACUGGCUGUGUGAUAAUCGCUUGCUGUGCUUGCAAGACCCCAACAACAAGAGCAACUGGAACGUGUUUCGGGAGUGCUGGAAACAAGGGCAGCCAGUGAUGGUGUCAGGAGUGCAUCAUAAAUUGAACACUGAGCUUUGGAAACCCGAAUCCUUCAGGAAAGAGUUUGGCGAGCAGGAAGUCGACCUAGUGAAUUGUAGGACCAAUGAAAUCAUCACAGGCGCCACAGUAGGAGACUUCUGGGAUGGAUUUGAAGAUGUUCCAAAUCGUUUGAAAAAUGAUAAAGAACCAAUGGUGUUGAAACUUAAGGACUGGCCACCAGGAGAAGAUUUCAGAGAUAUGAUGCCUUCCAGGUUUGAUGAUCUGAUGGCCAACAUUCCACUGCCAGAGUACACACGGCGAGACGGCAAACUGAACUUGGCCUCCAGGUUGCCAAACUACUUUGUUCGGCCAGAUCUGGGUCCCAAGAUGUAUAAUGCUUAUGGAUUAAUCACUCCAGAAGAUCGGAAGUAUGGAACAACAAAUCUUCACUUAGAUGUAUCUGAUGCAGCUAAUGUCAUGGUGUACGUGGGGAUUCCCAAAGGACAGUGUGAGCAGGAAGAAGAAGUCCUUAAAACCAUCCAAGAUGGAGAUUCUGAUGAACUCACAAUAAAGCGGUUUAUUGAAGGAAAAGAAAAGCCCGGAGCCCUCUGGCAUAUAUAUGCUGCUAAAGAUACGGAGAAGAUCAGAGAAUUCCUUAAAAAGGUAUCGGAAGAGCAAGGACAGGAAAACCCCGCGGACCACGAUCCCAUUCACGACCAGAGCUGGUAUUUGGACCGAUCAUUGAGAAAGCGCCUUCAGCAGGAGUACGGCGUUCAGGGCUGGGCCAUAGUGCAGUUUCUUGGGGAUGUCGUGUUCAUCCCAGCGGGAGCACCCCAUCAGGUCCAUAACUUAUACAGCUGUAUCAAAGUGGCUGAAGACUUUGUGUCUCCAGAGCACGUGAAACAUUGCUUCUGGCUUACUCAGGAAUUCCGCUAUCUGUCCCAGACUCACACCAACCAUGAAGAUAAACUGCAGGUCAAGAACGUCAUCUACCACGCAGUGAAGGACGCAGUCGCUAUGCUGAGAGCCAGCGAGUGCAGUUCCGGCAAACCCUGACCCCCGCGGCUGCGGGGCGUUACUGGCAGCUGUUCCGACUUCAGGCAGGCUUCCUGUGGACUCAGACUCUUGUUACCUCAUCUUCUUUUUUAAACCGCGCCCGCCUUGGGAGGGUACUCCGUCUAAUGUAUGUAUAUUUCUAGUGUUUACAGACACUAAGUGUGUAUAUGUAGUGACUAUUUACAGGACAUGCAUCCGUGAGCUGUGACUUCUCACCCGGUGCGGCACUCUCACCCCGCUGCCUGUGGGUCCCGGCGAGGAGUCGUCACUGCAGUGGCCGGGCUGGGGCCCAGAAGUGAUUGCUGACGGUGCGGUUCUCACUGCUGCAUAGGACUGGCAUUAUAUAGCAGAAACCAACUACUGUACAAUUCCUGGGGUUAACCAUCUUUAGUUAAAUGGAAUUUUAAUUUAAAUGAAGCUUUGCUAAUUUUAAGUGUUAAGCAUUUUGCAUUAAAAUAUUCAUAUAAUA